AUGAAUUCACCACAAGGUAUCCCGUCUGACGGUGCUGCUGUACUGUCAGUAUCGCUGGAAGGCAUUCUAUACGGCUUCUCGAUCCUCAUGUUUACGGGUACCAUCUGGGCCUUAACAUACAACCGUCGCAUGCAGGACGUGAAUCGCCCGAUCACUGCGGUGGCCAUCCUGCUGUUAAUAUUGAGUACUGCACACAUCGUCGUGAAUAUUAUUCGUGUCCAAGAUGGACUAGUGAAGUAUCGCGACACGUUUCCAGGCGGGCCAGUAGCGUUCUUUGGAGACAUUACCCAAGUAACGUAUGUGAUAAAGCAUGCGUUAUACAUGAUACAAACACUACUUGCUGAUGGGGUAGUGAUUUAUCGCUGCUAUGUUGUUUGGAAGACUGUCUGGGUUAUCAUCGUACCAAGCGUGCUGUGGUGCGGCGGUGCAGUUACUGGUGUCGCUGCGGUUUAUGACCUUUCGCAAGCCAGUAGAAACCCCACAGAUAUCUUCACCACGGUUGUCGCAGACUGGAUCAAGGUAUUCAUUAUUUCGACACUUGUGACUAAUUUGUUGAGUUCGGGAUUACUCGCAUAUCGCAUCUGGAUGCUAGAACGCAGUAUCUCCACAGUUCGCACUACGAAGAGCUCAAUGAUGCCAAUAGUUCGCGUACUUGUGGAUGCUGCUAUUUUGUACACUGCGGCUCUCGUCACCAGACUAAUAUUUUUCAUCUAUAACAACAAUGGGCAGGAGUUUUUGGUGGACAUGAUCACGCAGAUCAUCUCAAUUGCCUUUUACAUGGUGCUUGUCCGCAUCCCAAUAAAUGAAAAAACUCGCAUGUACCACUCGAUCAUCACAAAACGGCCAAACACUGAACAAGGAAACUCGCGGCAACGUCCUACGGAACCUAUGUCGAUCAGAAUAUCCCAAUCUACGCACGGUCACGGCACCUUAGAACAGGUAAUUGAAAUCGACCACCAACAUGCGAGGGGGAGCAUGUGA